CCUGAACUCCCGGAAGAAGUAUUUCCUCCCGCAGGGCAGGAUGGUCUACGUGGUAGAGCAAGCAGGCCGCCGCGUCCGCAUCACCAUCCCCAUGUCUGGGUGGAUGUCGCUGCGCGCCGAAGACGGCAGAGAGAUUCUCAGGCGCAACGACAAGCCGCCCACGGCGGAGGACCUCGUGGACAACCUUGGGAGCAUGAAGAACUUCCGGCAGCCCGAUGGCUCUCUGGACGCCCUUUGA